UGAUAGCCUGACGUGCGCAUGUCCGAGAACCUAGCGGCAGCUCGGCUUAACACGACGCGGCGUGGGUCUAACUCUUAUUUGAGGGCAAUUGCUUUGUAGUCUGUGGCGAAGUAUGAGUCGAACUCAAUCCUAAACUCUUCUCUCCACUCUUUACGUGCCCAUGUCUACUCCCCCUUGCUCUGUUGCUACGCUGAGGCCCUGCCCUUUCUGUGUGAUUCCGCCGACCGGCUUCCUGUGUUUGUGCGACUCCAAGCUCGAUCUAGCGGAGAGAGAAUCGGGACCUAACGUUAAGGCUAGGCUAGCCUGCCACCUCAACAUGGAGUAGUUUUGUCUCCUCGACAACAAAAGUAGAGCAUUACCGUAAAUUACCAUCGGCACUUUUUACAUUGCUGAAGGAGUGGCCGCAAAUGUGGAGAUACGGCUUCGAGGACACCCUGUCAGUGUAACGGAAGGAUAGAUAUUUCAAUUUUUAUUUAUCAUUAAAAAGAUGGCGAACGACUCCCCGGCUAAAAGUCUGGUAGACAUAGAUCUCGCCUCAUUGCGGGAUCCUGCCGGGAUUUUUGAAUUGGUGGAAGUGGUAGGAAAUGGAACCUAUGGACAAGUAUACAAGGGCCGACAUGUCAAAACCGGACAGCUUGCUGCCAUCAAGGUCAUGGACGUCACGGAGGACGAAGAGGAGGAGAUUAAGCUGGAGAUCAACAUGCUGAAGAAAUACUCCCACCACAGAAACAUCGCCACCUACUAUGGAGCCUUCAUCAAGAAGAGCCCUCCUGGGAACGAUGACCAGCUCUGGCUGGUGAUGGAAUUCUGUGGAGCUGGCUCCAUCACAGACCUGGUGAAGAACACGAAGGGAAACACACUCAAGGAGGACUGGAUCGCCUACAUCUCCAGAGAGAUCCUCAGGGGGUUGGCCCAUCUACACGCUCACCAUGUUAUCCAUCGAGACAUUAAGGGCCAGAACGUGCUGCUCACGGAGAACGCUGAAGUCAAGCUGGUGGACUUUGGUGUGAGUGCCCAGCUGGACAGGACAGUGGGCAGACGGAACACCUUUAUUGGCACGCCCUACUGGAUGGCACCAGAAGUCAUCGCCUGCGACGAGAACCCUGACGCCACGUAUGACUACAGGAGUGACCUGUGGUCCUGUGGCAUUACAGCCAUUGAGAUGGCAGAAGGGGCCCCACCGCUGUGUGACAUGCACCCCAUGCGAGCGCUGUUCCUCAUUCCCAGAAACCCUCCUCCGAGACUCAAGUCCAAGAAAUGGUCUAAGAAGUUCUUCAGCUUCAUCGAGGGCUGUCUGGUGAAGAACUACACCCAGCGGCCCCCCACAGACCAGCUGCUCAAGCACCCCUUCAUUCGGGACCAGCCCAACGAGAGGCAGGUUCGCAUCCAGCUCAAAGACCACAUCGACCGCACGCGCAAGAAGAGAGGAGAGAAGGAUGAGACCGAGUAUGAGUACAGUGGCAGUGAGGAGGAAGAGGAGGAUCCCCCUGAGGCAGAGGGAGAGCCCAGCUCGAUUGUUAAUCAGCCGGGUGAGUCGACCCUGCGGCGUGACUUCAUCCGGCUGCAGCAGGAGAACAAGGAGCGCUCAGAGGCCCUGAGACGCCAGCAGCUCCUGCAGGAGCAGCAGCUCCGCGAGCAGGAGGAGUACAAGCGCCAACUACUGGCCGAACGACAGAAGCGCAUCGAGCAGCAGAAGGAGCAGAGGAGGCGGCUGGAGGAGCAACAGCGCCGCGAGCGCGAGAUGAGGAGGCAGCAGGAGAGGGAGCAGCGGAGGAGAGAACAGGAGGAGAAGAGGCGGAUGGAGGAGAUGGAACGCCGCCGCAAAGAGGAGGAGGACCGCAGGAGGGCUGACGAUGAGAAGAGAAGGACUGACCGUGAGCAGGAGUAUAUCCGCCGUCAGCUGGAGGAGGAACAGCGCCACCUUGAGAUCCUGCAGCAGCAGCUACUCCAUGAGCAAGCCAUGCUGCUGGCUGAUGAUCGCUUCCGAAAGAACGUUCAGGGCUCCCCCCAGGCCGCCCCACCCAAGCAGCCCCCUGUCCCUCCCCGCUCCGAGCCCUUCUCCAAUGGGAACUCUGAGGCUAUGCACAGGCCUAUGGAACCACAGGUGCAGUGGUCUCAGCUGGCCGCUCUAAAGAGCAGCGCCGCUCCCCCCGUCUCUCGUUCGCAUUCAUUCAGCGACCCCAUCCCCAGUCUGUCCCACCUCCACCUCCGCUCUCAGGACCCCCACCACCCCAACCAGCACCACCCAGCACGCUCUGACCUCCCGCAGCCUCCCCACGCCCAGCAGCGGGCCCACGAGCCGGGCCUCCCCGAGGAGGUGCCUCCCAGGGUUCCCGUGCGGACGACAUCCAGAUCUCCAGUGCUGUCACGCAGAGACUCGCCUCACCAGGGCGGCGGCCAGCACACCAGCCAAUCAGGACAGAGGACCGCUGGGAGCAGUGCAGAGCCCCGGCUGCUGUGGGAGCGCGUGGAGAAGUUGGCCCCUCGGCCCGGCAGCGGGAGCUCCUCAGGCUCCGCCGGCUCCCAGACCACUGCUCACAACAGUUCAGGAGACAAGUUCAGAGCACGCUCGUCCUCCAAGUCUGAGGGUUCUCCCAUGCAGCGCCCAGAGCAUGCUGGGAAGAAGACAGAGGAGAGGAAGGACUUCGUCAGACCUACCCGCCCUGCUGAUCUGACGGCACUGGCCAAGGAGCUGCGGGCGGUGGACGACGUGCGGCCUCCUCACAAGGUGACCGACUACUCCUCCUCCAGCGACGACUCGGCCACCAGCGACGAGGAGGAGGUGGACCAGGAGCCUGGGGACGAGUCCACGUCCGGCACAGAGGAUUCCAGAGCUGGCUCCUCCAAGCUCAGUAAUGGCGAGACGGAGUCUGUCAAGACCAUGAUUGUUCACGAUGAGGCAGAGAGCGACCCUGCCACACCCUGCAAAGACGGCACUUUAAUUGUCCGACAGAGUGCAAGUGAGCUCAAGCGGCUGGCUGCUGCUGCCAGCGCCGCCGGGGCUGCGGGCCUGGGCUCACCUCUGGAGCGCAAUGGCUACGCUGGCCGCGCUCACCUCCUGCCCGACCUCCUGCAGCAGAGCCACCACUCCCCCAACUCCUCCAUGGCCUCCAGCUCCCCCUCGUCCUCCAGCCACGCCAGCCCCUCCAUGUCCCCUCACGCCCCCCUGGAGAAGCUGGCUGCCGGCGAGACCCAGUCGGCCAGUAGCACCCUUCAGAAACACAAAUCUUCGUCCUCCUUCACCCCCUUCAUCGACCCACGUCUGCUCCAGGUCUCGCCCUCCACCGCCGCCGCUCUCAACAACCUGGUGGGCUUUGUCGGUGACAUCCGACUCCCAGACCCGUCACGCAAGGGCUCAGUGGUGAACGUCAACCCCGUGAACACGCGCCCUCAGAGCGACACGCCCGAGAUCCGCAAGUACAAGAAGAGGUUCAACUCUGAGAUCCUGUGUGCCGCACUGUGGGGCGUGAACCUGCUGGUGGGCACUGAGUCUGGUCUGAUGCUGCUGGACCGCAGUGGCCAGGGGAAGGUCUACCCCCUCAUCAACCGACGCCGCUUCCAGCAGAUGGAUGUGCUGGAGGGCCUCAACGUCCUGGUCACCAUAUCGGGGAAGAAGAACAAACUGCGAGUGUACUACCUAUCCUGGCUUCGGAACAAGAUCCUGCACAAUGACCCUGAGGUGGAGAAGAAGCAGGGCUGGGUCAAUGUGGGAGAUCUGGAGGGCUGUGUGCACUAUAAAGUUGUGAAAUAUGAACGGAUCAAGUUCUUGGUUCUUGCCUUGAAACAUGCUGUGGAAGUGUAUGCGUGGGCACCCAAGCCCUACCACAAGUUCAUGGCCUUCAAGUCCUUUGGGGACCUGGUGCACAAGCCGCUGCUGGUUGACCUGACUGUGGAGGAGGGCCAGAGGCUGAAGGUCAUCUAUGGCUCCUGCAACGGGUUCCAUGCUGUUGAUGUGGACUCUGGAGCGGUUUACGACAUCUAUCUACCUACACAUAUCCAGACCAAUAUCCAGUCCCACGCCAUCAUCAUCCUGCCCAACACAGACGGCAUUGAGCUGCUGGUGUGUUACGAAGACGAGGGUGUUUAUGUCAACACCUACGGGCGCAUCACCAAAGAUGUGGUGCUGCAGUGGGGGGAGAUGCCCACCUCUGUUGCUUACAUCCGCUCCAACCAGAUCAUGGGCUGGGGCGAGAAGGCCAUUGAGAUUCGCUCCGUGGAGACGGGCCACCUGGACGGGGUCUUCAUGCACAAGCGUGCCCAGAGACUCAAGUUCCUGUGCGAGCGCAACGACAAGGUGUUCUUUGCAUCGGUGCGUUCUGGCGGCUCCAGCCAGGUGUACUUCAUGACGCUGGGCCGUAGUAACCUGCUGAGUUGGUAGAGUACCGCCGUCGCCCCACAGUCCCCAAGCACCACUUUUGCCACCACCCACUGAUGUCAACAACCAUGACUAUUAUGAUGAUGAUGAUGAUGAUGAAGAAGAAUAUUCCAGAACUGGAGCAUUGUGCUUGUGUGGACUAGCAAGGCCCAGACAACUUGGAGGGCUGCCACUCCAACGAGAGAGAUCCAACCUUGAGGAGGUGUUCUCCUGAAGGAGGAACAGCAGCUGUGCUUCUAGUAACAGCAAGCCCCUCCUGCUGACAGACAAGCGCCUCAUCCAAUCCAGGCUUUGACUCUGGGUUCAGACCCCACCUCUCUUUAAAUCCUGGCCAGUCAGGAGUCUCUUUUUCUAGAUAUGCUAGUAUAUAUACAUGUCUUUCACUUGGAUUGACAGCUGGUUGCUGGUUUCUGUGUGUCAGAGGUAGAUGAGGGAGCGGGAGGGAGGGGUCGUAGGUCAUUAAGGCUCUGUAUUUUCAGUGAGUCCGUUCUUACCUGACAGAGCUUGGUCACUUAUCAUACUGUAUAUUCUCCUACAGGGCUAAACGUUAUUGUUUUCUGUUUGUUAUUUUUUUUUAACCAGAUAGAAGUGUUUAUUUGAGCCUCUCUGCUGAAACGUGCUGCCCAUCUUAUAUAUGCGUUCAGUUGGGCUGAAAGUGAAGUGGCUUGUCCUCUCUGGUGUCGUUUGUGGCAUGGGAAUCAAGAGAGAGGAGAGGAGAGGAGAGAGGGACGUGGACGUGUGAACGAGUGCGCGUGGAAGAGUGCUUUGGGUGGAAAGAAAACGGAUGAAGGACAUGGUUGCAUUUGGGUUCGAUUUUAAAGUAGCAUUUUUAAGUUGUGAAAGGGACGAACAAACAGUCGAUCGGGCAUGUAUUAGCAUCCUCAGACCUGUGUGUGAGAGCGCAUGCACACACACACACACACACACACACACACACACCUACACACACACACA